UGUGAGAUCUGUGAUUGGUCACAGCUUGUCACAUGGUACAAAGCUGUUGUGAAUAGCCUUUUACCAUAUUUCACACGUAGUAAGCAAUGAUGUCAGAAGUGACAUCUUGUUUACUACUAUUCAUGUGAUCACUGAUUGGCCAAUCAGUGAUCACAUGUAUCGGGACCUCACACAGAGGUCCCGUACAACGAUCGGUGCUGCGCUCUCCCAGGAAGCGCGCACAGGCAAUCAAUGCGGGGUGAUGUUUAGAAACGUCAACCUGCUCCAGCUGCACUUCCGUCCAGCCGUUUAUCUACAUGGGUCGGAUGGGAAGCGGUUA